AUGUCGGCACCGUUUCUUAAUGUAUACUACAAGCGGGCAGUAGCGACUCCAAGGGCAUGCUACAUAUGCAACAAGCCCACUACCAUCGUUUUAUCUACACAACCCGUCCUUGAUUUUAUAUACACCUGCGACACUCAUCUAUCAGAUCCCGGAUUUGCCACCCUGCAAGCUCCGGCUGUUUCGCCCACGCCAAGCGCAAGUACGGAAGAGAUAGCAAAAAUCAAAGCAGAGUGGGAGGCAAAGCAAAAGAAAAAGCAAGAGCAAGCUGAAAAGGAGAAAAAAGAUGAAGGGGAUAAGAAGGAUGAGAAGAAAGAUGAAGAGAAAGAAAAGGCUGUAUCAUCACCCAAGCCGAGUUCUCCUGCCCCUGUAGCUGGCGGCUCCACAACUCCCAAGCACGACAAAUAUGUACUACACAGGCAGUGA